AGGGCAAGGGUUUAUUUUCCGAUUUAGGGUUUUUGCUCGUCGCGGCUGUGACCUAGAGGAGGAAGGAGAGGCGCAGCGCGAUGAAGCUCAACAUCGCCAAUCCCACCACGGGAUGUCAGAAGAAGGUCGACAUUGACGACGAUCAGAAGCUGAAAAUCUUCUAUGAGAAGCGCAUCUCGCAAGAGGUGCCCGGAGAUGGGCUCGGAGAGGAAUUCAAAGGCUAUGUCUUCAAGAUCAUGGGAGGAUGUGACAAGGAUGGCUUCCCUAUGAAGCAGGGCGUCCUCAAGACGAAGCGUGUGCGCCUCCUGUUAAACCGAGGCGACACUUGCUUUCGUGGGUAUGGGCGACGCGAUGGUGAGCGGAGGAGGAAGUCAGUUCGUGGUUGCAUUGUCAGCCAUGAUCUGUCUGUUCUCAAUCUCGUGAUUGUCAAGCAAGGUGAGAAGCACUUACCCGAUCUCACUGACACCGAGAAGCCACGGAUGAGGGGCCCUAAGAGAGCUAGCAAGAUCCGCAAGCUCUUCAACCUCGACAAGGAGGACGAUGUCCGCAAGUACGUGAACACGUACCGCCGGAAUUUCACGGCCCCCUCCGGCAAGAAGCGCAGCAAGGCCCCCAAGAUCCAGAGGCUGGUUACUCCGCGGACGCUGCAGAGAAAGCGCGACCGCAUUGCCGAGAAGAAGAGGCGCGUCCAGAAGGCCAAAACCGAGGCCGCCGAGUACCAAAAGCUGCUAUCUCUUCGCCUCAAGGAGCAGCGAGAGCACAGGAGCGAGAGCUUGGCCAAGAGGCGGGCGUCUCGUCUCUCGGUCGCUUCCAAGAACUCCACCGACGUGUAAAACUCGAUUGAGUUUUUUGUUCCUCUAAAUUUUUGCUUAAAACGAUCUUUCUCUACUUUA